CCUUCACCUUACACUCUCUUGCUCUCAAGCCAUUCCCUUAUUCCUCUUCAUUUCGAUAGUCUCUCCUUAUACCAGCCGAAGAUCUCGCCCAGAUUCGUUGCCUCUGCCGAUAAAAACCAAUAUCAGCGCUGGUCGUCUUGCCCUUUCUCAGAAUCGACCUCACGAAGCCAGACCGGGAACUCAAUUCUCUCCCGUUUUUUUUUUUUUUUCCUCCAGCAAAGCACAUCUUUCAGUAACAAACCGAAUUACACAGCUUCGUGACGGUCCUGAGCAUCAUCGUCAUGACUUUCUCACUCAAAACCGCCCUGAUGGCCUCACUGGCCGCUGUCGCCUACGCCCUGCCUUCCGGUCCCAAGCUGGACCAAGACCAGAUGAAUCUCUACAAGCUGGCAAAGAGGCAAAAUGACCGUGCCCGGCAAUCUGGUCUGACUGAUAUUGACAUUCUGCAAUUUGCUCUCACCCUCGAGUGGCUAGAAGGCGUCUUCUACCAACAAGGCUUCGCCCGCUUCCCGCCCGAGGACUUCGCCGCCCUGGGCCUCUCGCCGCAGGAGAUCGCCGACCUGCGCAAGGUGGGCGAGACCGAGUUCGACCACGCGAGCUUCCUGCAGUCGGCCAUUGCCCAGGCCGGCUUCCAGCCCGUGCAGCCGUGCAACUACAACUUCGGCUUCACCGACGCCGCCGGCAUGGUCGCCACCGCCCUGGUCCUCGAGAGCGUCGGCGUCUCCGCCUACCUCGGCGCCGCCUCCCUCGUCGCCGACGCCGGCAUCCUCACCGCCGCGGGGAGCAUCCUCACCGUCGAGGCCCGCCACCAGACCUUCCUCCGCGCCGCCACCCGCCAGAUCGCCAUCCCCCAGCCCUUCGACACCCCGCUCGGCCCCCGCGCCGUCUUCUCCCUCGCCGCGCCCUUCUUCGAGUCGUGUCCCGAGGGCUCGAACCUGCUCGUCGAGCCCUUCCCCGCCUUGGCCAUGGCCGACCCCGCCGCUAACCCUGCCGCCGUCGCCAUCGGCUCCGUGGUCCGCUUGCAGUCCGAGGCCGCGCCCCAGGCUGUCGCGUGCGGCUUCACCACCGGUGGUCUGCCCGGCGGUACGACCUUCAGCCCCUUCGACGCGGCCACCGGCGGGUGCGAGGUGCCGCAGCACAUCUCGGGCGUGGUGUACGUGUCGCUGACCAGCGAGGCGCCCCUGAAUGGCGUCCUUACCGAUGAGAUCACCUUGGCUGGCCCCAUGGUCCUCACCAUCUCAUGAAGAAGGGACGAGAGGGAGUAAAUGGUAUGAUGAAGGGGGGAAAGGAUGAAGGAAGAGAGGGAGAGGGAGAGGGAUAUAGAUGGAGAACACGAUGAACAAAACGAGGGGGG